AUGGACAUGGCCGACGGGAUUGCUCUGGAUCCAGGCUGCCACUUCCGCCCUUCCGACGGCGGCCUCAUCACCCUCUUCCUCCGCCCCAAGAUCGCCGAGGAGCCGUUCGAGGAGCGCAUCGUCAACAACGCCGACGUCUACUCCUCCGAUCCGGUAGAACUCGUCGGCCAGCACACACCGGCGCCGGGUACCCAAGGGAACACCGGCGUGUGGUACUUCUUCUGCCCCCCGCGCUACACGAGCAAGCACGCGAGCUCUGGUGGGAGGCGGCAGCGCGCGGUCGGCGGCGGCGGCGGCGAGAGGGUGUGGAAGUCGGAGGGCGGCCAGAAGCCCGUGAAGGCCGCCUCUCUCGACGACGACGCCGUCGGAGCAGAGAAGCAGGUGCUCUGCAAGUUCUACCGCUCGCCUCGCGCGGUUUGCGCCGAGGCGCGCACGGCGGCUGCUGGAUCGCCAUGCUCCGGCUCCAAGAGGAAGGCGGACGACGCCGUGGGCGAUCUACCGGAGGCGCCACCCAGCACGUGGCCGCGGCAAGAGGCCGGGAGCGAGCACGAGCAGCCGAACUUACCGCCGGACUAG